CGUACCGGCAGUAGAGCAUAGAGUAGGCUCCGUGCUGGGGGUAGAGCGGCGCCACUCGCCGGAAGUAGUGCAGUGGAGACGGGGACGGUUCAGGGCGGAGAUAGAGCGGCACCCGAUGUAGAGCAGUAGAGUCGGAGCCUGGACAGGGAUAGAGAGGCCCUUGGCGGACCUGGUUGGGGCAUCAUGUCUUAUGCCUAUCUCUUCAAAUACAUCAUCAUCGGGGACACCGGUGUCGGGAAAUCCUGUCUCCUGCUGCAGUUCACCGACAAGCGCUUCCAGCCCGUCCACGACCUGACCAUCGGUGUGGAGUUCGGGGCUCGGAUGAUCAACAUUGACAGCAAACAGAUCAAGCUGCAGAUCUGGGACACGGCUGGGCAGGAGUCUUUCCGUUCUAUCACCCGCUCCUACUACCGUGGUGCAGCUGGAGCGCUGCUGGUCUAUGACAUCACCAGGCGGGAGACCUUUAACCACCUGACCUCGUGGCUGGAGGAUGCUCGGCAGCAUUCCAGCUCCAACAUGGUCAUCAUGCUUAUCGGCAACAAGAGUGACCUGGAGUCCCGGCGGGACGUGCAGAAAGCAGAGGGAGAGGCCUUCGCGCGGGAACACGGGCUGGUCUUCAUGGAGACCUCGGCCAAGACGUCCACCAACGUCGAGGAGGCCUUCAUUGACACAGCCAAGGAAAUCUACAGGAAGAUCCAGCAGGGGCUUUUUGACGUCAACAACGAGGCGAAUGGCAUCAAGAUCGGGCCCCAGCAGCCAUCGGGGGCAGCUCCUGGCACCGGCUCUCGCCACAGCCCCCAGGGCUCAGGAGACAGUUCGGGCUGCUGUUGAGCCCCGCGUUGAUGCCAGUGCCCCUGGAGUGGGGGGUCACCCUCUGCUCCCCUGGGGCUGAGACCAGCCCGCCCCAGUCCCGGGUGGGGAAGGUGGCUCCCUGGCUGAGCCGUGGAGGUGGGAGGGGCUCAUGACUCCUGUCCCGACCCCAUGGAGGGAAAAAGGUGUCCCCUGACGCACACCUGGGGGGUGGUUAACGACCCUGCCCAUGGUUCCACACCCCCAAACAUUCCUUUUUGUAAGUUGUGGGGGGGGCAGAGCCUGGUCUGGAGUCACCCCCCAUCAGUGCCUUCUCGCUUCAGCUGCAUCUCUUGUUGCCCGGGCCCUGGUGAGGCCCCCGCUUCCCUGGGGCUUGUGAGUCCCAACUGGGGGCCCCCCACCCUGUUUGUGUGUUCCUGGCCAGGUGCCCAGCCCCCACUCCUCAGCCUGUAUCGGCUUUUAUCGUGUACUCCCUCUCUGUGGCUCGUCUUAUUAAACAUGUGCAUGUCUGUAACCCACACUCGCUGCAUCUCUGCUUAUGAGGUGGGGCACCAUAGCGUAGUCCUUCCCCUCCCAGAGCUGGGGAGAGAACCCAGGAGUCCUGGCUCCAAUCCUAACCCAUUAGACUCCACUCACCUCCCAGAGCUGGAGAAAGAACCCAGGAGUCCUGGCUCCCAGCACCCCGUGCUGUAACCUCCUAGGCUGCACUACUGAUGGGAGAUUUAUUCUCUUGUUGGCUUGGCAGGGCUGAGUUUUUCUAAGCUUUCUGGGGGCUUCAGGCACUGAGUUCCCCAUUCACUGGGCACCCAGUUCCCUUGGGAAGCUCUGAACAUCUGGGCCCCACGCUGACAACACAGAGGUACAGACACUGGUGAUGGAUAGACAGUCUACAGUAACUGGUGUUGCUGGGGGAGCGUUUAACAGUCAGGCCUGGGGUUUGCAAAGACACCCAACUCCCCAUGUCUCUCAGCUCAGGUCAGCGUGGCUCCCAGAGGAAACGGACACCCGUGUGCCUAGCCUCCAUUACUGCCCCUCAGCUCUGGGGAAAGCUCCCUAAAGAUAACCCUUCACCUCCUCCGAACCCCUCGUGCCCUGAUGCAGGCAGCUGGAGGGCUGUGAUGGCCGGUGGUUAAGCACUGCAUACAUCCUGCUAGGCAGGUUAGGAUGGGUUACCUCAUCUCCCUUCACCCACCUGCAGAGUCUGGAAGGUCUUUUAGCCUUUACCUGCAUGGGAACAUUGCACCAGUUACACGCUGAUUGGUUUGAACUUGGCGCUGAACCCCAUUGGACCCUACGAUACCGGUUCCCAAUUGUAAACUAAACUGAAAUAGGCCACUUCUAAACCCAAAUGGGAGACAGUGAUGUGGUUUGUUCUGGCUUGGAUGAACAAUUUUUUGUUUCUUCAACAUAUUAAACUUUUUAAAUUUUUUGUUACGAAAUUCGAAACAAGUUUUGUUUCAAAGUGUAUGUAAACAAAUAUUUGCUUAAUUU